AUGACGUCUCGGAAUUUAGCUAUCACAACGGACAAGUCAUACAUAAAGUCGACGCGUAUGGCGACAGCGGUCGCAGGCACAUACGGCGACGAUGGCGACGAAAGUGACGACGCAAAUACCGGUACUGACACCGCCCUGACGCAGGAUAGUCAAGACAUCGCAGUCGCGCCACCUACCGUAUCUGACAAUACCCUGACGCAGGAUAGUCAUGACAUCGCAGUCGCCGCGGAGCCACCUACCGGAUCUGACACCGCCCUGACGCAGGAUAGUCAAGACAUCGCAGUCGCGCCACCUACCGGAUCUGACACCGCCCUGACGCAGGGUAGUCAUGACAUCGCAGUCGCGCCACCUACCGGAUCUGACAAUACCCUGACGCAGGAUAGUCAUGACAUCGCAGUCGCCGCGGAGCCACCUACCGGAUCUGACACCGCCCUGACGCAGGAUAGUCAAGACAUUGCAGUCGCGCCACCUAACGGAUCUGACACCGCCCCUACGCAGGAUAGUCAAGACAUCGCAGUCGCGCCACCUACCGGAUCUGACACCGCCCUGACGCUGGAUAGUCAAGACAUCGCAGUCGCGCCACCUACCGGAUCUGACACCGCCCUGACGCUGGAUAGUCAAGACAUCGCAGUCGCGCCACCUACCGGAUCUGACACCGCCCUGACGCAGGAUAGUCAACACAUCGCAGUCGCGCCACCUACCGGAUCUGACACCGCCCUGACGCAGGAUUGUCAAGACAUCGCAGUCGGGCCACCUACCGGAUCUGACACCGCCCUGACGCAGGAUAGUCAAGACAUCGCAGUCGCGCCACCUACCGGAUCUGACACCGCCCUGACGCAGGAUAGUCAACACAUCGCAGUCGCGCCACCUACCGGAUCUGACACCGCCCUGACGCAGGAUAGUCAACACAUCGCAGUCGCGCCACCUACCGGAUCUGACACCGCCCUGACGCAGGAUAGUCAAGACAUCGCAGUCGCGCCACCUACCGGAUCUGACACCGCCCUGACGCAGGAUAGUUAA